AAAUACACUAUUUUCUUAAUAAUGACAAAUUGCAGCAGCAUAGAUUGUAAACAAUGUGUGGAAAUAUUUAGAAUAUAAUCGAUACUUCGACAAUUCAACUAUGAAAUAAAUUCAAACUCAAUUCGGCGAUUGACGGUCGGCCAUUCCUGUGCGAGCAGUUGUGUUUACAAGAUGGCAAUUUUUACGGGCUGACUUGUAUUACAUUGCUGGUGAAAACGAGAAACGAAGCGUCCAAAUAUAGCGGAGAGGUGUGGAUUUUGGGUUUGAGAAAUUCAUUAUUAGUCGAGAAGCGAAGACUAAAAAUAUCGUACGUAAGACGUCGAGUUGGAAACGUCAAUUAGUGCGGGAUUACUCAUGAAUUCAUAAAUGCCAGCUAUGGAGUUACUCUGCGGAGUACAAAUAAAUUCAGAAACAGUGUUGACUGUCACUCUGAACGAUGUAAACUUGAAGACCAAAGUGAAGGAGUUGAAGCGAAGAGCUGAGGAAGAAUGUAACCUACCUAAGGAUUCACUGGAACUUAUUUACUGUGGACUUAUACUAGAGGAUGAUGCUACUGUGGAGUCUAGUGGACUAAAGGAUGGAUCAAUGGUGUAUAUGUUAAAGAAGAAGGAAUGUGAAUCACCAGUGCCAUUUAAACAUAUAUCAGAAGAAAGCAUCCUACAGCUCACAUCAGCAUUCAAGUCUUUCAAUGAGACUUCUACAUUUAGAAGCGCUCUACAUCGCUUGAGUAAAAAGCCAGAUGUGAUAGAGAAUAUUAUUUCAUCUUCCCCAGGAUUGCACAAGGAUCCUGUUGCUCUUUCUAUGCUGCAGGAUCCUGAUUUAAUGACACACUUACAAGAUAUUGAAACUGUGAAAAGGAUCGCGGAACAGCAUCCUGUUUUGAUCGAGGCGGCGCAGAACAUCGCAGCGGCUGUGCACGAGGAAGCACAUAACGCGGCCAGCGGCUCCACUAGUUCGGCUACUGCACGUUCUUACAGCAUGGAUAACCUGACUCUGGAGGAGGAGAUGGCACGCGACAUCGCCAAUUUCUUCUCCACUCAUCCCCUGGCCGACAGUCUGCAGUACCCCGAAUCACCCUCCAACAACUCCCAGGCAUCGUCGCAACAAUCAGACUCAUCAUCCUCUACAUCGACCAGUGCUGGUGGAGGUGGUGUUACUAAUCAAGUACCAGUUAGUAACCAGAGCACCGGCGUGGUCACGUCUCAAAUGUUCAUGGAAGCGAUGAGGCAAGUCGCGCUGACGACCGCCAAUCCGGCGACACAGGUUACGUCUUCCCCGACGGCUUCGGUGCCGACGAUUUCUUCGCAGGCCAACGAUCUGCAGAGACAACUGGCGCAGAUGCACGAAAUGGGCCUCCAAGACGAUGUACUGAACGUACAGGCGCUGCAGUUCACCAAUGGCGAUGUGCAAGCAGCGAUCGAGCUGGUGUUCAGUGGCUUUGGUGAUAACUAAUUGUACAAGGACUCCGGAAUUCAUUGGUAGCUGGAAAACGCGCGGCGCGAAACGACUCCUAGAAAAUCUCCAGAACGAUGGUUCACCUACAUAUUCGUAACGUGAGUCAGUGUUGGAAGCGUACACACGUAAGAUAUGAGACGUUAUCUUUUGUAAUAAUUUCUGUUCAAUUAGGUGUUUACGUUGUUCAUCGCUCCCGCUAACGACGACGGGAUCUGUGGAAUUUUUGUAUCUUUCAAGAAAUCCGUUUUUACAUAUCAGUCUUUCUUCUUUUAGAUCAGAUUACGAUGAAAUAUACGUAUUUUUAUGGAAA